AUGGACAGCGGACGCACACUCUUACAUGUUGCAGCAGAGCGUGGUUGGGAGAAGCUUGUAGCAUGGUGCUUGGAUUACAUCGGACAACCAGAACAAGGUCACAAAACCAAUAAUUCCACGGAUGACGAUCAAGAAAACAAGUCGAUUAGGUCAAAUUGUGAUGGGGGAAAAGUAGCAGAAAGAACCCAGUUGCUUCUUACAGCAAAGGACUAUGAUGGCUAUACAGCUCUUCAUCUUGCAGCAAAAUUUGGACAUCUCGACGUAGUUCGACUCAUAACUACUGCGGGAAAUGCAUCGGCAGUUGUCGACGCCACUGGUCCCGAAGCCUACCGGCCGCUCCAUUUUGCUUCCGAAGAAGGACAUCAUAGUGUUGUGAAAUACUUGUUGGAAAGUGGUUGGCAGCCGAACCAAGUAAACUCAGAUGGUGCUACGCCACUACAAGUGGCAAUCGAAUCAAAAGAUCAUUCAAAGGUCGUUACGGCGCUCAUAGAG